AUGUCUCUCAAAUACGUCCAUGACCUCUACGGCCAGCUCUCAAGCUGGUUGUCCGCAAAAAUGGGCCAGACUGCCAGUAUGGCCACCGAUCCAAGCCCCACCUUCACCUUCCCCACUCCUGAUCUGGACGGUACAUACACACUGAUUAUGCACGCUCCUGGCUCAUAUGAUUUACCCUUCGUCCUUCCUUCCCACAUUGGCACCGCCCUGCACUCGCACGCGUCUUCGGGUCUCGGCUACACCUCUCCUCCGACGGAAAGGUUCAGCUGCUCUGGCGAUGUUUCGACAUCAGCCGUCUUGAGGCUCGACCGCAAGGACAAGGACACGUUUGUCAACAUCUGCAAGACGACCUACGCGGACGCGGCGAAGCAGGCGGUGGUGACAGAGGGACCUGAAGCCUGGAGAUCUCACGCAUGGAUCGAUUGUCUUCGUUCGUCGGCAUUUCCAACAGGUAUGUAUGCAUCGCGGACUGUCACUAUCAGCGAGGCCCAUCCUGGCCCAUCUUCCCAGCUUGCACCGCUUGCACCGCUUGCACCGCUGCAGCCAGUGCUGGGCCAGCUGGCCGCCGCUGCCACUUUGAGUGCCACAUUCCACCUUGCCGAUCGGGAUUGCCUGAUCCGGUAG